UGUGCUAUCUUUGCAGACCGUGAGCAGCAAUCGACUCCAGAGGAGACAGACACGUCAGAAAUGGGCGAUCAUAGCCAGACUCCUACACUCUCAGUCUAUUCACCCUCGCCUUCACUGAUUCUACGCCUUGGCGACGAAAUGACCAGUUCUUUCUCUGCCUCUGGUUCUGAUCUGAUCGCCAGUCUUUCUUCCACACUCUCCACAGAUGAUCUGACUGAGGCAGAGGGCACAACCGUCAGUCCCCAGCUGUCUGCGGUCACGCUUGCUGGUCAUGGCCAACCGAUUGUGGUGUCCACCAGCCCGGAUAUGAAGCCCAGCGCCAACAGUGGAACGCAUCGACGAUAUCACAAUAGCAGUGAAGCUGUGGAGACUAAGCCAAGAGCAAAACAAGGAGGAGGAGGAGAUGAUAGCGGAGAGAGAUCGGGAUGCAUGGUCGCAAAGGAUGAAAAGGUCUUACUUUCCGUUCCUGAUAACCCUGACCCUGUUCCAAGUAAUUCUCUACUUGAGCCAAGUUUUGAUAACUUACCGAAAAAGAGCUUGGCUUCCCAGAGAAUUAAAGAUGUGGCAAGUUUUUCUGACAAAUCUGUUAAAAAUCCCUUGGUGCUGGAGCAGGGUAGUUAUUUGGCUACUUCUGAUCUGUUACAACCCGAUCAAAUUGGAAUACAUAAUCCCGAAGAGUCGCUGGCCUUGUCAACAGGAUACAGUGACGAUGAAUUUGUGCCCUCUGAAGAGGAAGGGGGGGAGGAGGGGGAAAAAUAUAAGGGGAAUAAAACAGAGGAGCAGGAGGAAGAGGAGGAGGAUGAAGAGGAAGAGGAGGAGGAAGAGGAUGAAGAAGAGGGUGAUGAGAAGGAUGGCAAUGGCGUGAAACAGAGUAGGGCCAAAUGA